UGAGUCCCACACACAGUAGUUGCCAGCAGCCGCCAGCCACUCAUGCUGGACAUCAGGGACUCCAAGGACAAAGAGGAGUGCUGUUGGAAAGUUUGGUCUGCUCCAGUCUGCCCAGUGGAGUCCACAAGUCUUCGAGGCGGGGCAGUGCCUUGCCUGCCCCCCUCGGCUUCUUCAGACGCGCCUUCCGUACUCACCAGCCCUUGCGAGCGGCUCUCUGGCCACCACCAGCAGUGGGCCCCCCUCCCUCCCAGCUUCCCCCCUCCCCGUGACUCUUCCCUCUCUCUUCUUUGCAGUCCGCCCAAGGAGUCUGGUGUGGGGAAGGUGCGGGAUGUGGCCUCCUUCCGCCGCCACUUCAGGAUGGGGUUCAUGACCAUGCCGGCCUCGCAGGAGCAUGCCCCGCACCCCUGCGCCAGCAGCAUGGCCCCCCGCUCCCUCUCCUGCCACUCUGUGGGCAGCGUGGACAGCAGCUCAGGGGAUGGGCCGGCUGGAUCUCGCAAACCACCUGCCAAGCCCAAGCGGCAUCCCAGCACCAAGCUGAGCACGGAGGCCAGGACUGCCUUGGAUCCCCUGGGGAGCAAGAAAGGAGGUUCCCAAAAGCCAGGUUCUGAGGGUCGGGAGGUGGGGCGCAAGGUGCCCCCGCAGAAGCCCAAGCGAAGCCCUAACACUCACUUGUCCGUCUCCUUUGAUGAGGCCUCCGUGGGCAGGCUCCCUGGCCCUUCUCUGGGUGGGGCGAUGCAGCGCUGCGGCCGCACCUUCUCUCACACUCCAGCCAAGGGCUCUGAUGCAGAAGAGGACGAGCCAGUGUACAUUGAGAUGGUGGGAGACAUUUUUCGAGGACCUGGGCCCCCCUCUCAGGGGCCCACGGCAGCAGAGGAGGACUCUGAUGAGAGCGAAGCCAUUUAUGAGGAGAUGAAGUAUCCGCUCCCAGAGGAAGGAGGCGAGUGCCGUCCCAACGGGGCACCAGCCUCCCCACGCCACCGUCCAGCCAAGCGGGAAGCUGCCAAGGCGGUGCCCAGCACCAAAACAUCCCCAUGUGAGAUCCCACCUCCAUUCCCCAACCUCUUGCAACACCGCCCCCCUCUGCUGGCCUUUCCGCAGGGCAAGAAGGGAUAUAAGGGCCCCAGUCCAGAGGGGUCCAAGCUGCCUGUCCCAUGCCACGCAAAGGAUGCCCCCACUGCUCCAAUGACGCCACAAGUUUCCAGCCAUCAGCAGAGGGCUGGGGAGGGCACAGCCUUAGGCCCUUCAGGUCGUGCCCGCAGCCACUCCACGCCACUGCCCCCACAGCCUGCUGGACAGAACAAAGCAGAAAAAGAACUUCCCAAUUCCCACAGCAUGAUUUGUCCCCAGGCCAAGCAGACCCCUGUGCCAGCCCCAUCAGCUGCCUCCACCCCCUCCAUGCUCCCGGUCAAAGAGAAGCCUGCCGUCUCCUACACCAUGGUCUACUCCGCUGUCAAGGUCACUACCCACACAGCCCCGGCAGAGCAGAAGGCUGAGGAGGAGAUUUCGGUGCUGCACGGCAUGCUGCGUGCCCGUCCGUCCACAGUGCCCUCUUGCAGACAGGCACAGCGGGCGUGCACGCUGCCUGAUCCACCGCCCCUGGGCAUGGUCUGGACUUAUCCUGCACCCUGUGUAGGGCUGAAGCGCCCGCCAGCAUAUGAAAGCAUCAAGAAUGUGGGCACCAGAGCGUCCUCUGCGGCCAAGAUCCAGCUUCAGGACCGGGCAUUCACCAGCGUUGCCUGCCCCCACCUCCUGCCUAGCGAAGAGUGUGGCCGCCCAGCGGGAGAGGAGGAGCCGUUCGGAUGGGUGCUGCAGAGAAGAAUGGGCUACGUGAACCGGAAGGCAAGAGAGACCGAGAAGGCCCCAGAUUGUCCCAAGGCAUGGGACGAAAGUGACAGUACUCCUCCCAGGAUGGAGAAGGAAGAGAAGGCCGGUCCCGGUCCAAUACCCUCUGGUAUCCCUGUUCGCACACCAGGGUCUGAAGGUCUUGCUGCCAAGAUGCCCGGGGCACGGACAAACCUGCCUGUUCCCUGCCAGACCUUUCCUGCCUGUCACCGGAAUGGAGAUUUCACUGGCAGUUACCUUCUGGGGCGCUCGGCUUCCACCUCUGGCGUUCGGCACGCUGUGAUUCACACACAAAGGCCGUGCAGUCAUCCCCGGGACCCAGCCAGCCUGGCUCUGCAGCAAGCACAGCUGCCAGCUUCUGGGGCCCCCCAGAGCUCCCGCGAGCGGGACGGCAAGCUCCUGGAGGUGAUUGAGCGCAAGCGGUGCGUGUGCAAGGAGAUCAAAGCGCGGCACCGUCCUGAGCGCAGCCUGUGCAAGCAGGAGAGCAUGCCUAUCCUGCCCAGUUGGCGGAGGAACACGGAGAACCGCAAGUCCGGGACGCCCCCCUGCCGCCGCCAGCAGACGGUGCUCUGGGACACGGCCAUAUGACGGCGGGGGGCUGAGCCCCAAGGAACCGGUGCCUUGUGCUAGCCAAGCCGAACAUGGCGCAGGGCUAACUGCUGGCAGCGUGGUGCCCUGCCUGUGUGCCCCCUGGCCUAGGACCAGCCAGAGACCUUGGGCUGCUUGGGUGCUGUCCCCUACUGGGCUAUGGCAAGAACACGAUGGUUGGGGGCAGAUGGCUCUUUUGCCAAGAUUUGGGAUCAGAAAAAGCACUGGAAAUGCCAGCUUGGAAAGCCAGCGGCCUCACCUUGAGGACCCCCUGCAGGAGCAGCUGCAGCUCCGUCCCACAGGAAGCUGUGCCUCAGAGCAGAGGCAAGAAGCCCUUGCCCUCACCCCCAAGCCAGCUGCAUCUGUGCUGCGACUGACACGCAAGACGAUGCCGUCUGUCUUCCUGGGAGGGCAAGGGCAGUUGUGCCCCCACCUUCUGGGCCCAGAGUGAGGGUUCCAAUGCCAGGAGUGUUUCUGGGCCCUCACACGGUUUUUCUUCCGUCUCUAAAAAUGCCACUGGGGAGGAGGGCAGGGAGAAGAAGAGCAGGCCGUGCACAGCGAAGCUACACCAUAGGACUGACUUGUCUCUUCACUGGCAUCUGUCUAGUGGGCAGUCUCCAUUGGCUUACAAAAAGAAGUAAAAUAAACAAAUAUUUUCUAGCCUGGCAGUGAA